UUUAACGUCUAUGAUGUAAACAGAACACAGGGCCCCUCGUUUUGUUGUUGUUUUUGACAGUCAACAAGUCAGGCAUGCCUCUCGAAGGGGUAUAUGAGUUUUAAACAUUAGUAUCGUAGUAAAUUAUUUAGCAAUAUGUCUAUGGAAGAUCCGUUUUUCGUCGUCAAAGGUGAGGUCCAGAAGGCCGUGAACACCGCUCAAGGGCUGUACCAGAGAUGGAGCGAGCUGCUGCAGGAUCCCAGUGGUGCUUCCAAGGAGGAGGUGGAUUGGACCACCAAUGAGUUGAGAAACAGUCUGCGGUCCAUCGACUGGGACCUGGAGGAUCUUGAUGAGACCAUCAGUAUUGUUGAAUCAAACCCUAAGAAGUUCAAUCUGGACGCAGUGGAGCUGUCCAAACGGAAAGGCUUCAUCACAAGCACCAGACAAACUGUUAAGGAAAUGAAAGACCACAUGUCCAGUCCAACGGCCUUAGCCAUGUCAGACAAGAAAAUCAGACAGGCUCUGUUAGGGGACAGUGGAUCUCAAGGCCCAAUCUGGCAACCAGGACCCGACAAAUACACCCGCCUGGACCAAGAGCUACGGACGGCCAACUCCCAGUUCAUUGAGGAGCAGCAAACCCAGCAGCAGCUCAUGGCAGAGCAGCAGGAAGACCAGCUGGAGCUGGUGUCUGGGACCAUCGGGGUGCUGAAGAACAUGUCUGAGAGGAUUGGCAUGGAGUUAGACGAACAGACAGUUAUGCUGGAUGACUUCUCCCAUGAGAUGGAAGGUACCCACUCCAGACUUGACAACGUCAUGAAGAAGCUGGCCAAGGUCUCCAACAUGACCACCGACCGGCGACAGUGGUGUGCUAUUGGUAUUCUACUGGCCAUUCUGUUUGUGGUCUUCAUUCUCUUCUUUAUCCUGUGAUGACCAGACCGUCCACCACGACAACACUCCCACUGACCCCCUCACCCCUGUCUCCGUUUGACCAUAGGGAUGGACUUUACAUGGUGCUUGGGGAAACAUCCAAGGUUUCCAUUGACAUAGGGAGUUGGCUAUCUUACCCCGACCCCCUUUUUACUGCAUAUGCUGUAUAUACAGUGAUGUUGCUGCAGUUUCCUCUCAAGCAACGUUCUCAAUCGUCGUUUUAGAUACCUGCACUCAACUUAAACCUCCCUUGGCGUGAAAGAUUUAGUUUCUGUGCAUGCACAAUUUUUGGUAGGAUUUGAUCCUAUGUGAAUACUAGUCCUCAAAAUGUUUUAUAGAAACCUGUUUGAGGUAAACCAGGGUAGUUCAAACUCCUUGUGGCAUUUUAGUGUUCAUGUUCAGAAAAUGAUGUACGAAGAAGACUAAUCAUUAGUGUGUUUAUUUAGAGGGCCUUGUCUGUUGUUUCUUGCUGAAAACCCCUACAGCUACCAUGGUCAUAGUUUUUGAAUAUAUUUUGUUUUCUCAUGCACUGACUGCGUAACAGGUUUAUACGAGUAUAUUAAACUGUGUAUAUAUAAUCGUAGUUGGUCAUAGUUAAAACAAAACACUGGAGUAACAAGGAAAAUUAUAUAUUGCUAAGCGAGUAUACGUAUCACUAACCACACUACAAUGGAUUAACUUAAUAUGUUAUUGUUUUUUCUUAAUCUAUGUUCUUUCAUUUUGUGCUUCAUGUAUUUUUGGCAUCUGCUUAUACACUAUCAACAGGUGUUUAACAUCUGCCUGUGAAAUCAAGUCACUUCCUGCAAUACUGAAUGGAAAGGAGCAAAACCAUAUACUUUUGUAUCUCGAACAGGGCUCAAGCUUGAUUUAUUGUCUUAAUGUGAGCACUCUUACCUUGUACGCAAAAUGUUUUCAUCAAGAUGACCUUUGCUUGCAUGUCUUCAUAUGUCUGGUGUCUUUCAGUCAGUGUUGUCAAAGCGACAACACUUCACCAUGAGGGCCCUUCUAAAGACUUCAUAAUAUUCUUAUAAUCAGUAUAUGACGCCCCCAGGCACUUCAUAAAUACUUGUAGGUACAAUUCAGUUGGCAAGCUAGUAUGUCAACAGACCUUAGGUUGUUUAUCUAAGCUAGCCUCAUGCAUUUGUUUUUGAAUGUGUUAUGCAGUUUUUACAAGGCCCUUAUACCAAAGUGUUGUGUUCAAAUUAAAUGCUAAUUGAGAAGCCUGUCCUACUUUCCCCUGCCAGGAAUGAGUGUUAAGGUUUAUCAGUCUUACAGGAACCAUGAUGUUGUAAUAAGGAUUAAUAAGGGAAAGGGACUGAUUGAGUCACACCUGGGCUGUAUUCAUUAAGGCACACCGUAGCAAAACAAAUAUUGUGUUUCUUAUUGGAGAUGUUCAAGGUAGUCCCUGUUUCAGUCAGUUUUCUAACGUUUGGUGCCUAACGAAUAUGGCCCUGGUAGUUGCUGUGUUCUGCAUAGCCAGUGCCUUAGGAUGAUACUGUAUAUAUGUUAUGCUAGGGCUAGAACGGUUCAUUUUGGUCUCGCUUCCUACCCCCUACCUGGAAAUUCAAUUUCAAAACGGUAACCAAGUUGUAAGUCGAGGGUUGACUGAAUGAAUAUGCAGGCAUGUUUUUUUUUCUGCUUUCACAGUGUGUUCUUAUACAGUUCAAGGAGAAUGAUACUGUUGUGUUAGCCUGGUUACCAGUCUGUUUAGCUAACAUUCCACUCCUUGUACUCUGUGCCAUAUGCCAAAGAUAUAUGUUUAGCAUGACAGGAGUGGCAAGGAGUGGGAAAAUGGGCAAACAGACUGGUACCCAGACUUAUGAGUUUGAUUCAGUAGGCCUCCACUCAUUUGAGGACUUAAUGUGAACGUAAUACAUUAAUUCGCUGUAUUUUAGGUUGAAUGACCUCAAUCCACAGGCCAUGAAGUCUUUAUGGUAAAUCAAGACAGUAAAACCACACAUAAGGGUAUUGUGAUGAACAGUGAUAGUACAACUGUAUGAAAUAUAAUGGACUCUAGUGAUCAAGUUUUUCUCUAUGGCAGUCGAUACACAGGCAGCCCAAUUCUGAUAGUUUUUCAGUAAUUGUCCUUGACUAAUCAGAUUAUUUUUGGAAAAAAAUCUGAUGUGAGUGGUCAAAAGACCAAUUGGUAGAGAAAAAAAAUAAGCUGAAUUGGGCUGCCUGUGUAAAUGCAGUCUGAGAGUCUCAAAAAUCUGAGUUCUGAAAACACUCCUGUUCUUUCAAAGGACUUAUUAUGAAGUUAGCUAAAUAUUUUUUGUCAUUUAUUGUUUUGUCUUUUAUUAUGAGUUAACACUACACGUUCACUGUACUAGAAAUACAAUAUUUCAUUUACAGUAUGUGUCAUUAGAGGUAAAAUAUUUUAACAAUUUGUUUAUCAGUUUACUUAAAUGUUUUCAUUUUUUCACUUUUCAGAAGUGUUAUGUCUGGUAGGAAGAGUUUGACUUGGAAUUUACAAUAUUUGCAUUUAUUUCAGAUUAUGGACAAUUUGAAUGCAUGACAGUGACCCAGACAAUUAUGUACCAUCUCAAAAAUCACGUGUUCGUCACAAAAAAAGCUGUGUUAUGCGUAAACUUUGCGAAUCAUUUUGUAAAGCUGUAUUAUGAUACAAAGUACCUUUAGCAUUAAAUACUGUACUUAUUGCACAACCAAGUCACUGGUGACAGUGAUAGGUGGAUGAGAUGUUUGUGAAGAAUGGGUACAGUCCAUGGCAUUGUAAGUCAUGGUGUGUGUUUGUUUGCGUGAAACAACCUUUUAUUUGUUGUGUGCAUGCUCCUGGAGUGUAUGAAAAUACUUUUUACCCUUGAACCUCAACCUUUUGACCUCCGUGUCAUCAUGGCUGAGCGUCUGUAGCUGAAGAGUCCUAAAAAUAAAACUGACAAGCAGGAUGCUGCAAAGAUUUCAGCUCAUUUCAAUAAAAUCUGAAUGAUUUGCUUGA